AUGCGUGUCUCGUUAGGUUUUACGCGCGUCUACACUGCAGACGACAUCCGCAAACCCUGUCGAAGAUCCGCGAUCUUGUACGACCACAGAACCGUUAUCACAGUCAGCACCCCCAUUAUCACCCCACCCACCACCACCUCUCCCUCUUACAAGUCUCCCUCUUACAAGUCUCCACCCACAAUCGCAAUGGCACCCCUCUCAGCGAAAUGGCACCCCCUCGCCCACCUUCCCUCCGUCCCCCGCUCCUCCCACACCCUCUCAGUCCUACACUCUACCCUCCACCACUUCUCCGGCGAAUCCCACGACAACCGCCCCCCCUCCGGCGCCGAACUACACCUCCUCCCCCUUGACCCGACCGUCCCGCUGGCCAUCACGAUUCUCGCCUCCCCCUCCGGGCCCUCCCCGCGCGUAGACGCCGCCGCUGCAACCCUCGACGACACACUAUACGUAUUCGGCGGCCGCGGUGGGGCAGACAUGAGUCCGCUCGAAGAGGGCGGUCGGCUGUGGUCGUUCACAGCGGGCGCGCAGAGCUGGGAGGCUGUUGAUCCGGUUGACGGUGGGGAGUUUCCGAGUGCGAGGGGGGGCCAUGCGCUGGUGGCGGCGGAAGGGAGGGUGUAUGUGCAUGCGGGGGUAGCAGAGAGUGGGAUGCUCGGGGAUUUGUGGGCGUUUGUAGUGGCGGAGAGAAGGGAUGGCGGUGACGGGCGGAAGGGAGAUUUGGAGGUUUGCGGGGUGGGAUGGAGUGGGUGCUCUCGGGGGGAGGUGGGCGUAUAUGACAUCCAACACGACACCUGGCGCACAAUCGAGUACCCGCCCUCGACCGGCCCCGCACCGCGCUAUUCAUCGUGUCUCGUCCCACUGUUGCACCCGGGCACAAAGAAAGAAUACCUCCUCACGGCCUUCGGCGAAUCCGGCGAGAGCGGCGGCGAGGUCGUCAAGUACCUGCAAGACAUCUGGGCAUAUGAUAUCGCCGCGGCGGAGUGGUGCGAAGUUGUCACCACCGGCGAGAAGCCGUUGGCGAGGGGGCGGUUCGGCGCGGCAGGAAAGGGCGGCCGGUGGCUGGCGAUUCAGGGCGGUCUGGAUGAGGCGGGCGAGCGGUUGGGGGAUUGGUGGGUGCUAAUGCUGGAAUGA